UGAUACGAUCCAUGACUUUCCUCACGAUUUCAAAUCAUAUGUGAAGAACCACCAACUGCUUUGCGAGCGCCAAUACAGUGUUUGGUGCAGGGGCAGGGGUUGGUUUUUUUGGAGUGGAGAAGACGACCCUCGGGAACUUCCUCCUCCUUCUCCUCCUCCUCCGCCUCCCUGCUCCGAGAUUAUCAAUGGAACCCUGAUUGCUUCUCCUAAUCCAGAGGAAAUGGCGAGAAUAAAAUCCAGUUUUAAAAAAAUAUUAUUUUGGGGGUCGAAUGGAUUUCUUACACAGUUUUGGACAGUCAUAAAAAUUGGGGGCAAGCGUUUACUUACAACUCGACACCAACCUUUUGGUUUUAGCAAGAUCGAUGAAGGACUUUGUUCGUAUAGGUUGAUAUCUUUGGAUUAUGAAUUUGAUGUGGAUGGAGUGAGUGACGAACAUCUUGGCCUCCAUCGCCGUGUGUUCCGCCGUCAACAACUGGAGUUUACUCCUAAUGUGCAGUAUUACUCCUGCAAAGAGUAUCCACAGCGCGAUCAUGCUAUCAGUUGCAAUAUUAAGCUAUCUCUGGCUAUACCAUUGUUUCAAUCAUAUACGCGGAGCUGUAUUGGUGUAAUUGAGAUGGUGUCGACAACUGAAAUAACAAGUAAAAAUUUGGGGAGUUUGUUGAGGUUUAUCCCCAGCGGUGCAGCUUCAAGACUCUGGGCUAACAAAUAUGUAUUCGUGAACUAUUAUCAGGACGUGGAUGAAAAAGAAAUCAGGACCAUGCUAUACGUGGUGCAUAGCACUCAUCAUCUACCUUUAGCUCAGACUUGGGUCUCGUGUAGGCUUUGCAAUGCUAUAUUCAAAAAUGAUAAAGGAGAGUACCAUAAGGAUGAUUUUUUAUUUAUAUGUGAUUUACAGCACCUACGAAAAGGGCAGGGGGUUGUUGGGAGAGCAUUUUCGUCCCAAAAUUUGGUCUUCUGCAAAGAUGUUACUCAAUUUAGCAUAACUGAGUACCCUUUGGCACACUAUGCACGCAAAUUUGGACUUACAGGUUCUUUUGCAAUUUGGUUGCGGAGUAGUUAUAUUGAAGACAAUGUUUAUGUGCUAGAAUUCUUUUUGCCCCCAAACUACAGUGAAGGUAGGGAUCUGAAGACUGCAUUGGUUCCGUUAUUGACGACAAUGAAGCAGCAUUGUAAAAGUCUGAAGGUCGCUUCUGGAGAAGAACUAGAAGAGUUAUCCAUUGAAGUUCUGGAUUUUUCGGAGGAUGGUAAACUUUAUUCUUAUCAAAUACCCCAAACUGCAAGAUCUCCAAAUAGGAUGGAGGAUGGAGAAGAGACGUUAUUUCUAGAUUUAUUCGAUCAACAAUUACCAGAAGUGGAUGCUGUAGACACCGAAAACAAUGUUGUUAGUAACACAGAAGAAAACAAUUUUGUUGUUACAUUUGUACAACAACAUUGUAUAAUUAACUCGUCCCAGAGGCUACAAAGAAAAGCUGGAAUUCCAAUUAGCAGGGAGGAUCUCCAACAACGUUUUGGAAUGAAACUUAAAGAUGCUGCAGAAAGCCUUGGCAGUAAGCUUACAUACUUGGGAUACCCAUUCCUAGCUGGAUCAUUUGGAAAAUUCAUAUACUUUUGGUAGUAGUAAAAAAAAUAUAUUUUC